UAUGUGUUGUUUGUUUACCCGGCCGGACAUUUGGUUGCAAAGUCGCGUCCCGUUGUGUUUUGAUCAACGUUGAAGAACGUCCACCGGAAAAUGAGUGAUUGCGUCGAAAUCGAUUCCUCCGAGGAGGAGGGACCAACGCAGUUUGGAAGCCGCGAGGCCGAACGGAUCGGCAUUUCAUCGGCCUCUUCCUCUCCGCAUCCGGACUCGGCAGCCAACAACAACAGCAACCUGCGUCAACAAUCUCCGGUGGGUUCAGCGGCGCACAAUACCCGCCAGACUCGCGGUCUGAAGAAACUCGAGACGGACCCCAAGUUUCUGGCCAAUUUCAAUCCGUCGACGUCCCGGCGGGAGAAGCGGAAACUGACGCGCAAAUCGACCCCGCAGGUCACGGAGAAAAAGCAAACCGGGCUUUACACGGAUCGAGGCGUGCACCGCGAAAGUGGGAAAGAUAUGUGCGAUUGUCUGGACAUGACCUGUUCCGGAUGCCACUUCCCCUGUCCGUGUUGCGAAAGUUCGAAGUGUGGCACGCACUGUCGCGUUUCCCGGAAGUGGAUGUACGAAACCAUUGAACAUGACGCCAAGGAUCUUAUCAUCCGAAAUAAGUUGAUGAUGAAACGAUAAAUUAAGGUCGUAUUUUUGUAUUAUUUAAUAAAAAAAAAGUAUUUUCAUC